AUGCCAAAUAUGAAAAAUUCCUACAAAUGCUACGCCAAUUACACGUCGAUAUGCCAUUCAUCGAUGCACUUGGAGAGAUGCCAAGGAGAGGAAUGUUCUGCUAUAUUGCAUAAGAAUGUGCCUAGAAAAUUAAAAGAUCCUGGAAGCUUUACUAUACCUUGCAAUAUAGGAGGAACAACUUUUAAUAGAGCCCUGGCAGAUCUAGGUGCUAGCAUCAACCUAAUGCCCUUCGCAUUAUAUCGACAGCUGAAGCUAGGAACCCUUAAGCCCACACGCAUGAGCAUUCAGUUAGCUGACCGAUCUACUAAAUACCCCAGGGGUAUAGUGGAGGACGUUUUAGUCCGGGUUGAUAAAUUUAUUUUUCCCGUAGAUUUUGUAAUCCUAGAUAUGGACCCAGAUGUAGAGAUUCCUCUCAUCUUGGGCAGACCUUUCUUGGCAACUGCUAGAGCUUUAAUAGAUGUGGGAGAGGGCAAACUUGUUAUUCGUGUAGGAGACGAAUUUGCUAGCUUCGAUGUGACUAAAAUAAUGAAAUAUCCUUUAGAUAGUGAUGAUACGAAAUACCUAAAGCUAAGAGGCAUGAUUUCAACUGGGAAUGUCCCAUAG